GUUGGGCACCAUGCUCUGCGCAACAACAGCCCACCCAAGCCACUAUGAACGGAGCUAGAGAGACACGCGCGGACGGCGAUGUCUCUGUCCUCCUCCCACCCAAUGACCAGCUCCAGCUCCAGCUCCCGACGCCCGCGCUGUCCCCCGUAAUCCCAGCAAACGGCCAUCGCCAGCAACGCGAACGAGAACGAGAACGGGAUACCGAGGAUAGCUCCGUAACUUCCGACGACUCGCGCAGUAGGCUCUCGAACGUCCAGGACGAAGCUGUGCCGCUGGAUGGCUUGAGAGAUUCGAAACAAGCACCGCGGAUCCACAGGCCGGGGGAUAGGCGGCGGAAGAGCAGUGUGGGAUCGCAUACUUCCGACCAAAAUGAUAGGGAGAAGGUGCUGAAGCUUUCGCCGGCGCAGAUACAGGAGCUUACGAGUUCGCCGACGAGUUUGCCGAUUCGAGCGGCGUCGCCUAUACCGGAGGAGGAUGCGCCGUUGUUGAGUCGAUCGCUCCGUGGAGAAGGCGGUGAGAAGGGAGUUGAGGAGAAGGCGGGCAUCAGCAGUGACAGCCUUAGGCCCAGCGUCUCGAAAGCACCGGCAACGAAGCAGGGAGCAGAAGCGGUAGCGGUCAAAUCACCAAUCGGCGAAGCCAGGGUUGGACGCCCGAGUCUGUCCUCGAGAGCUAUCUCGACACCGACUGUCAUACGGAGGAAGCAUUCAAGCCAGCGGAACUCGGAACAGCGAUCCGGGCGGACAGUACCAUCGCCGUUGAUACUGGACGAUAAGGGCAAUGGACCGCUUGGGUCUGGAAGUCUCAAGGCCUCUGCGGCCCCCGAUGGUGGUGCUCCAUCACCCAUGCCGCCGUCAAUGCCGCUCCCGCCAUUAUCGAUACCCACGUACCUGCAACUAGAGCUCUCUUCCGAUAAACCCUCGCCUCUGUAUAUUUACCGUCCUUUGAACAGCGAUUUUCCCUACGAGUCUUCAGCGAUAAAGUUUGAGCGUAUACUGAAUUUCCUCUAUCUCCCUCCGCAGCUUGAGCAGAUCCUUGGAUUUGGUGCAUUGGCGUGUCUCGAUGCAUGGCUGUAUGUCUUUACAAUUCUUCCGCUGAGGUUUCUAAGAGCGGUUUGGGUUCUCAUCCAGUGGUGGGCGGCGCUGGUGGUAAAAGAGAUUCGAGACCUAGCGAGUUUUGUGUACUGGGGACUUGGGCGAGUGUGGCGGAGAAGAAAGCUACAGAAGCCAGAACCUGUAGCAGCAGGUAAUCCGGCAGAUGAAGGUCGUAGGUCACGACGCCCGUCGGCAUCGAACACCAUGUCUCCAAAUUCUGGGACGCCGAGAGAGAAUGGAAAUAUCUCGUAUAAUACCUUCCCUGAGCCGAGGAAAUAUGCACGAAGUUCGGCAUACAGACACCGGAGGACGAAGUCUACACCGUCAGCACUUAUGCCAAGCCAUAAGGCGGAUAUCCUGAAGGGUCUAUUGGUGAUUGCGAGUUGUGCGAUCUUGAUGCGGUUUGAUGCUAGUAAGAUGUAUCACGGUAUCCGUGGGCAAGCGGCUAUCAAGCUUUACGUCAUCUACAACGUCCUUGAGGUUUGUGAUCGCCUAUUCUCCGCGCUUGGCCAAGACGUCCUCGAAUGCUUGCUCUCCAAAGAGACGCUUGACCGAAACGCCGAUGGUCGGAGUAAAGUAAUUCGACCUUUUUAUAUGUUCAUCCUUGCCCUUGCGUACAACGUCAUUCACGCUACGGCGUUGUUCUACCAGGUCAUUACACUCAACGUCGCCGUAAACUCGUACUCGAACGCGCUUUUGACACUCCUUAUGUCGAAUCAGUUCGUCGAGAUCAAGGGAACUGUCUUCAAAAAGUUCGAAAAGGAGAACCUCUUCCAGCUCACAUGUGCAGAUGUGGUAGAGCGGUUCCAGCUCUGGCUUAUGCUUAUGAUCAUUGCGAUGCGGAAUAUCGUCGAGGUCGGCGGCUUGAGUAUCAGCCUCGGUGAUUCAGGGUCCUCUAGCAGCGUGGGUAGCAACUCGACCGGCGCACCGACUAGGACUACGAGUAUCAUUCCUCUCAGCUUUACGAUUUUCCCGAAGUGGACUGGGCAAGUCUUUGGACCGUUUCUGCUGGUCUUGGGGAGUGAGAUGUUGGUUGACUGGAUCAAGCAUUCCUACAUCACCAAGUUCAACAACGUCAAGCCCGCAGUCUACGGCCGUUUCCUAGACGUUCUGGCCAAGGACUACUACUCCAACGCCUUCGCGGACCAAAACCUAACCAAACGCCUCGGCCUCCCCGUGCUCCCCCUCUCCUGCCUCUUCAUCCGCGCCCUCGUGCAGACCUACCACAUGUUCCUCGCCACCCACAUGCCGCCGCCGCUCCCCUCGGCCGCGACCUCCCUCUCCACCGACUCGUCCUCCCCAACCUCGCCCGCCACCACCGCCGCCCUCGCCCACAUCGACCACAUCUUCCGCCGCGCCCUCGGCCGCUCCUCCUUCGGCGCCGGCGGCGCCGCCGACGCCUUCACCUCGUUCAACUGGUGGUCCGUCGACGACCUCAUCGCCUUCGCGACGAUGCUCGUCGUCUUCCUCGUGUGCUACCUCGUGCUGCUGGCGCUGAAGCUGGUGCUGGGGAUGUGUUUGCUUAGUUUUGCGAGGGGGAGGUAUAAGGAUAUGAAGGAACGGGAGCGGAUGGUGGUGGAUACGGGGGGCAAGCGGAUUGGGGGGUGGGGGGUUGUAGAGGUGGAGGAGGAGAAGAGGCGGUGGAUUUACGCGGAUGAUCCCGAGGGGUUGAAGGCGUUGCGGGAGAGGGAUGCGAAGGGGAGGGAGAGGGAGGCGAGGGAGAGGGAGAAGGGGGUGGGAGAUGGGCUUGGCGGGGUUAGUCGGUAUGCGAUGGUUGCGAAGAGGAUUUGGUAG